AUGAGAUCAGGCUGGAGAAUCGGGUCCUCCCUCCCCUUGGCCCGCAACCCUUGUCCUUCUUCACCAAGCCCCUUGUCCUCGACCGGAGAGGGACAGGUGCAAACGCUGGCCCCGGGCAGGGGCCGCGAGCCUGAUUUCUCUACCUGCCUUCUAGGGAGAGAGAUGGUGGAUUACAUCUGCCAGUACCUGAGCACGGUGCGGGAGAGGCGGGUGACCCCGGACGUGCGGCCAGGCUACCUACGAGCCCAGCUUCCCGAGAGUGCUCCCGAGGAGCCCGACAGCUGGGACAGCAUCUUUGGGGACAUUGAGCGGAUCAUCAUGCCUGGGGUGGUGCACUGGCAGAGCCCGCAUAUGCAUGCCUACUACCCAGCCCUCACCUCCUGGCCAUCCCUGCUGGGAGACAUGCUGGCUGAUGCCAUCAACUGCUUGGGAUUCACCUGGGCUUCCAGCCCUGCCUGCACGGAGCUGGAGAUGAAUGUCAUGGACUGGCUGGCGAAAAUGCUGGGGCUCCCAGAUCACUUCCUGCACCACCACCCCGGCAGCAAGGGCGGAGGCGUCUUACAGAGCACAGUGAGCGAAUCCACUUUGAUCGCACUGCUGGCAGCAAGGAAGAACAAAAUCCUGGAACUGCAAGCGUCGGAGCCUGGUGCUGAUGAGUCCUCCCUGAAUGCCCGACUCGUGGCCUAUGCCUCUGACCAGGCUCACUCCUCAGUGGAGAAGGCUGGUUUAAUUUCCCUUGUGAAGAUGAAAUUUCUGCCUGUGGAUGACAAUUUCUCACUCCGCGGGGAAGCUCUUCAGAGAGCCAUCGAGGAAGACAAGCAGCGGGGCCUGGUGCCUGUCUUUGUCUGUGCAACACUAGGGACCACUGGGGUCUGUGCAUUUGACUGCCUCUCAGAGCUGGGCCCCAUCUGUGCCAGCGAGGGGCUGUGGCUCCACAUCGAUGCUGCUUAUGCGGGCACUGCCUUCCUGUGCCCUGAGUUCCGGGGCUUCCUGAAGGGCGUCGAGUUGGCUGACUCCUUCACCUUUAAUCCUUCCAAGUGGAUGAUGGUGCACUUCGACUGUACUGGCUUCUGGGUCAAGGACAAGUAUAAGCUACAGCAGACCUUCAGCGUGAACCCUGUCUACCUCAGGCAUGCCAACUCGGGUGCGGCCACUGACUUCAUGCACUGGCAGAUCCCCCUGAGCCGCCGGUUUCGCUCUAUUAAACUCUGGUUCGUGAUUCGGUCCUUCGGAGUGAAGAAUCUUCAAGCACAUGUCAGACAUGGUACUGAAAUGGCUAAGUAUUUUGAGUCUCUGGUCAGGAAUGACCCUUUGUUUGAAAUUCCUGCCAAGAGGCACCUUGGCCUGGUGGUUUUCCGUCUGAAGGGUCCUAACUGCCUCACAGAAAGCCUGCUAAAGGAACUGGCCAGAGCUGGCCAGCUCUUCCUCAUCCCGGCCACCAUCCUGGACAAGCUGAUCAUCCGCUUCACCGUGACAUCCCAGUUCACCACCAGGGAAGACAUCCUGAGGGACUGGCACCUCAUUCGCGAUGCUGCCACACUCAUCUUGAGUCAGCACUGCACGUCCCAGCCCAGCCCCCAGGUCAGGAACCUCAUGCUUCAAAGCCGAGACCCUGGAGCCCUGGGCAGCGGGAUGCCCCUUCCACCUGCGCCCGCGGUGGGAGACGACUCAGCCCUGGCCAGGAAGAUCAUCAAGCAGCCUCAGCAUGUGGGAUCCAGAGCCGCGAGAAGCGAAGACAGCUGCCAUGUUGAAGCUUUGCAGGAUCCGCUGGACGACUUCUCGGAGGAGGCCCCGGAUGUCAGCAAGCACAGGCUAUCGUCUUUCCUGUUCAGGUACUUGUCCGUGCAGCAUAAGAGGAAGACCGUGCGCUCGCUCAGUUGCCACAGUGUGCCUGUGAGUGCUCAGAAGCCGCUGGCCACAGAUGCCUCUGCGAGGGGCGGGGGCUCCUCCAGGGUCAGAAUCUUUUCCAGGUUUCCGGAAGAGAUGAUGAUGCUGAAGAAGAGCGCCUUCAAAAAACUCAUCAAGUUCUACAGCGUCCCCAGCUUUCCCGAGUGCAGCUCUCAGUGUGGCCUCCAGCUGCCCUGCUGCCCACUGCAGGCCAUGGUGUAGACACGGAGGUCCUUGGCCAGAGCUCGAGAUUGUGCUUUGGAGGGGGGUCUGUGAACCCCUCAGAAUUGUGUGCGAGUUUGUGUGCUUAUGUCUGUGUGCAUUUUCCUUGGGAGCAAGUCUGUAAUUUGUAUCCGAUUCUCCUAGGGGUUCCUGACCCCAAAAGCAUAUAAAUGGAGAGUAUAGGCCAGCGUGAUCCAGAAGGUUCCAGUAGCUCAUCAAAAAGAAAGGCUGAGGGUAGCAUAUUGACAGGCAGCU